AUGGAGAAAUUCUUUCAAAAGCAAAUAAAUCGUGAAACAACAACAACAGCAGAUGUUAUUAAUGAUGAUGUACAAGAACAAGAGGAGGAGUGUUCUACUGUUGUCUCUCCGUCGCUAUCUUCAUUAAGUAACUCUCAUGUAUCACCUCCUUCGUCAACUUCUAUUUGUACAAGUCCAACAACAAAUUCAGUUUCGGAUCAAUUAGUAUUAGUGAAAAGUGAACAGUAUCAACCAUGGAAAUUAUUAUCUCCUGUUUCACUCGUAUUGAAUCGUGUUCGAAGUGAACAAGUACCAAGACUACCAGAAUUAAAUGACGAUUGA